AUGGUGGACGGGGCAGCGGAGCAGCCGCCCCCGCGGCCGUGCAAGCGCUGCAAGGCGACGCCCGCGCCGUAUAUCCUCCGCAACGACCCGACCUGCCGGGACUGCUACGUCGACUACGUCGAAGCCAAGGCCGGCCGCCGCCUCGGGGCCGUCGCCCGCGAGACACGCACGUCGGCGGCCCCGGCCCCGCGGCGCUACAUCGCCGGCCUCUCCUUUGGCGCCUCGUCGGCCGUCAUGACGCGCGUGCUCGACGGCAGCGCAAAGUACCACUCGUCGGCCAAGAAGGGUUCCGCGGCCGCGGCGUUUGAGGCCCUCGUCGUGCACGUCGACACCGACUUGCGCUUCAACCCCCCACCACCACAAUUGCCGUCGCCGCCGCACUCCUCCUCUCCUCCAACAACAUCUUCAUCCUCGUCUUCGUCUUCACCCCGUUGCUGCUCCCCCGCCGCGGCGCGCCUCCUCGACCGCUACCGCGCGCGUUUCCCCAACGUGUCGUUUGCGUGCGUGCACCUGAGCAGGGCGCUGCGCCUGCGGACCGUGGACUGGGCGGCGCUUCUGCCUCCCGGAGCACAGAAGCCAGAAGAAACGCUCGAACAGGCUAAUGACGCCAACGGCAAGAAUGGCAAUGGCGAGAAUAGCGACGACUCGGAGCGCCUGCGCCGGUUCCUGGACAGGCUCCCCUCGGCGACGGCCCGCGCAGACGUCACGCGCCUGCUCGUGCGCCACGUCCUGCUCGACAUGGCCCUCGCGGGGUCCUACUCGGCGCUGCUCCUGGGGCACAGCACGACGGCGCUCGCGGCGCUGACGCUCGCGGAGGUGGCUAACGGGCGGGGGUACUCGGUGCCGUGGCAGGUCAACGAUGGGCUGUACCCGGUGCGCACGUACGGCGAUGACAGCAACAGCAAUGGCCCUUCCGGCGGCGACGGCGCCGCGGAGGAGGAAGGACAGCAGCAGCAGCAGCAGCAGCAGCAGCAGCGGAACGCAGCAGAAGAGGUCCAGCAGGAGGGCACAAGAGGGAAGAAGGAAAAGGAGACGACACUCGCCCACGUCCCCGUCUUCUACCCCAUGCGCGAAGUCUUCGGCGCCGAGAUCACGCAGUACCUAGACCUCGCCCCAGAGCUAGGCGAGCUCGUCGCCGCCGCCGCCGCCGUCACCUCCUCCUCCCUCUCCUCGUCCGGCACCGGCACCGGCAGCAUCGUGUCGCACAAGGACCUGAGCAUCGCCGAGGUCAUGAGCCGGUACUUUGCCAGCGUGGAGGGCCCCUACGAAGGCAUCGUGGCCAACGUGGUGCGCACGACGGGCAAGCUCGACAGGACGGCGCCGUCGUCGUCAUCGUCGGCGCCCGGGGCGGGGCUGUGCGGACUGUGCGGCAUGGCGCUGGAUGAGCAGGGGGACUCGCGCUGGGCGGGGGAGCUGGGCGACGAGGAGGAGGAGGAGGAGGAUGACGGCGACUGCAUCCCGGGGCGCAGUCCAAGAGCGCGGCUCUGCUACGGCUGCAAGCGGUCCGUCAAUGGGUAG